UUCACCACGUCUGGCAAACAGGUCAUAAAUUCAUAGCACGGAUUUGGGUAGGCUAACGGCACUGGAUGGUCGUGAUUUCAUGUGGUGAACAGAAUAUGCUUUGUACUAAGAAAUAGUAAUUGGUUUUUUUUUGAGCUAUUUAAACGGACACUUUUUGCGUACAUCUGUCGUAGGAGGUUGUAUACGAACCUUGAACAGCAAUGAGCACUCAACUAGACGGAAAGGUUGCCAUAGUAACAGGCUCGAGCUCCGGGAUAGGGGAAGCCAUCGCCAUCACUUUUGCCUCAAGGGGAGCCAAAGUCACACUCUGCGGCCGUGACCCCGACAGACUGCAGUCGGUGUUGCGCAAGGCAGUGGAGGUCAGUGGUGGACACAAGGACAGAUUUAUAACCGUCCUGGGCGAUGUCGGGGACGAGGUCAUCAGGAAAAGAAUUGUGGAAGAGACGGUCACAGCUUUCGGACAACUGGACAUUCUUGUACCCAAUGCCGGCGUCUCUGUUCCACACGCAACAAUUCGUGAUGCCACGCCGGAGCUCUACGACAGCGUCAUGGACAUUAAUGUCAAGGCCGUAUUCUUCCUCGUUCAGGUCGCCCUGCCCAGCCUCGAGAAAAGCAAAGGCAACAUCGUUUUCGUCUCUUCCAUGCUCAGCGCCCUGACAGGGGUGCCGUUAAUCGUCUACCCCAUGUCCAAAGCUGCCAUUGACCACCUGGCUCGUUGCCUGGCCGUGGAGCUUGGUCCUAAAGGGAUCAGGGUCAACACUGUGAACCCUUCUUACAUCCCCACGAGGAUACGACGAGCUUACGACCCCAACGUCGAGGCCGCGGCCCUGGCUUGGUCCCAGAAGGAGCUGGCCGUGCAGCCGCUGCAAGGCCGGGCAGGAACAGCCCAAGACGUCGCCGAGGCGGCAGCUUUUCUAGCCUCGGAUGCGGCAGGGUUCAUCACUGGACAGCACGUGAUACUGGACGGGGGCAGGUCCUUCUGCGGGACGUACGGCGCGUCUUCAAAACCAACAGAAAAUUAACAAUUACAGAGGAGCUCUUCAGUUGAAUGACGUGAGGCAGGGACGUUAUCACCCUUUUCAAAACAUAGUGCACAAUAUUUUUGGAAAUUCUUGCAAUUAAUUUUUCCAGUUUAUUAUUUUAAAUGAGAUAUAAUGUUUAUUUAAUUAAGAUUUUUUAUAAAGAUUUUAAAAUAUAUAUGUGAGUAUAGUAAAUGCCUUAUUAUUAUGAUAAUGCAGUGUUUAUUUAUUAAAGAAAUACGCAUGUGUUUAACGUCUUAUUCAACUCUCAAACUAACAAUGAAAAGAACAAACGAAUUUGAUCAGGUUUUAAGUUUAUGAUUAUUUCCCCAAAAGCUGAGAUACUCUAUACGUUAAUGUGGAUAAUGGAUUUUAUUACAGAAUUUGCAUGAAUAAAAACAAAAAUGUCCUGUUAUUGAUCCAAAAGAGUGUGUAUUUAUUUUGUUUGGUUUGUCAAAUUGUAGUCUUGUAGUCAGAAUUUGUGAACUGAAAAUAAUAGUCCGCGGUCCUAGCCAUUAGGGAUUAACUCACAGAUAAAUGCAUCUUUUCGACACUGGAUCACUCUUAGGUGGUUUCCACAGUGAUCGUUUUCUAGAGCACACGACCCACACAUAGUGUUUAUAGUGAUGCAGUACCUUUCGAAAAGGAGGGCGUUAGGGCGAAUGACCCACCCAACAUCAGGGGGGGGGGGGCGUCAAAAGAAUGAAUGCACUCGGAAACAAAGAUCAAAUAGCUAUAUGAGUGUGUAGGCCUAUGUCGAUCUCAGAAACAACCAGACACUGGAGUCCUUUAAAACCGAUCUAAAGACACAUCUAUUUCGCAAAUACCUUCUGGGAUGAUUGUCUACCUUAUUUUCCAGUUAAUGCAUAAUGGCUGUGUUGCUCCGGGUUGAAAUGGCUAGAAAGACUUUGAGAUUGUAUGCUUGUAAUUAGUUUUUGUAGUGUUGCGUUUGUUUUAAAUGUGGUAAAUUAUAGAUAUGUUUUUUGUUGACUUUGUACCGCGCUUCGAGGCUUUGGGGAUGAAGCGUGUUUUUGAAAUGAACUUUAUUAUUAUUAUUAUUAUUAUUAUUAUGUCAUUAAUAAUUGAUUUUUGAAAGCUGAGGGCGCCAUUAUUCUUUUUUUAGACUUAGCCCCGGGCGCAAUUUUUACUUCAAAUGGUCCUGCAGUUAAUUACAUUAUAAUAAUUGAACAUGGGUCUUUCGCAAAUUACGGCACGCAAAAAAUAACCUUUUUGAGACCCCCACCCUCCCCCGUCACAAAGUGUCACAAAUUCUUUACCCCUCCCAACCCCUUUAUUGUCACGUCACAGCUAAAAAAAAUCAAAACAAAUAUACAAUUUUCAUAACUAAUCAAAGAUUUUAUUUUAUUCUUUAACAUUUUCCCAUAACGAUAUUGGAUUGAUAUAUUACAAAACUGUGACGCGAAACAACGAAGUCAACCUCGCGCAUACAUGUAAAAUGGCCACAUCAGUUUUUGCGCAAAAGGUGUGCAUUACCGAGUUUCACGUUACCUAUAAUACCUGAGGCAAUUUCGACCUCAAAUUUAUGUUUUUAAAAUUAAUUGAAUAAAGUUGUUUUUUUCAAAAUUAGAAAAUUUUAGAUUUAUAAUUUUUUUAAAAAUUAAUAUGUGACGUCACAAAUAUUUGACGCCCCCUCCCCCCUGUCACAAAUUCUCGACCCCCCCCCCCUUCCUGAGCGUGAUGUAAUUUGCGCACGACCACUAACAAAAAUAUCUUCUUAAUUUAACCCUUGCCUUACUUUAAAUCUUUGACCUCAAGAUAAAUAAAUACCAUUUCCA